CAUCAGAAUCAUUAAGGAGAAGUGGCAUUUUAGGCAAGACACCAUGGUGACGGUAUUGGAUCCACUAGGAAGAGUCUCAAACCAAAAUGCUUUGAGCAUGAUUAGGGUUUGGGGUUGCGAUGCUUUCCCUUUCACCGGUGCUGUAGCAACAGACAUCUGGAAGAGGCCUGGCAUUAGCUGGUUUGAGCUUUUGGCGACUAACUUCAUUUUCCCGAAGAUACAGGAAGCUAUCAAGGCUGAGAAGUAUAUCUUCCUGUAUGGAGCGGAAGAACCCAAGGUCAUCCAGGAGAUUGAGGAGUCGCUAAAGAAGAUGAUCGAUGAUGGCUUUUCCAUCGUUGCCUUCAACGUCACCAAAUCACAGCUCUUUUGGACCCGCCUCGAGAGCUGCAUGCUCUCAAGCUACAAACCAGAGCGGACUUGCACGAACCCCUUAUGCAGGACAUCCUCAGGCUCUACACCAACUUCAAGAAGGACGGCGGGUUUGCGGUCCUCACAAAGGGGUCACGGGUCGUGAUCAAUGAAUCCCACGUGCACAUCACGAGGGUCCUGAUGCAGUACGAGACAUGGAAGAAGCAUGUGAACGUGAACGGGAAGACAUUCGAUAUGAUCUUCAGGGAGCAGUUCGACCGGGUCUACAUCCUCCCAAGGUGCCACCACUUCUAUAUCCCGAACAUGGUUGGUUACAUACUGGAGGAUGUGAAGUGCCCGGUCUGCCCGCGCAUGAUGAACAACAUUGUCAAGUUCGAGUGUUGCCAUGGGGCACAUUAGUCAAGUAAUGAUGAGAGCGUGCUCUGUGAGUGCUCUGU